AUGGCGAGAUCGGACGAAACCAUCUCUACUGAGAUGGCUACCCCUGCGGGAACGCAAAGCUAUGCUGACCAAAAAACCAAAAGUGAUGAUGGCUUGGAGAAGCAGCAAUCAUCUGCCAGUCUCCAACCAGGAGUCAAAAGAGCUCAAUUACUUCGGAAAGGUUGGACGAAAACCGGAUUGAUCAUCGUUUUUACCGGAUUAUUUUUAUGCACCUUCGCAAUUAAUUUCGCCGAUUAUUCCACCCAAGUGUACCCCGCAUACACAACGAGCGCUUUUAAACAACACUCUGCGAUGAGUGCGGCCAAGGUCGUCAUAAACAUUGCGCGAAUUUCGGCAUAUCCAAUUAUUGCUAAGCUUGGGGAUGCUUUUGGGAGAGCGGAAAUGUUCAUUCUGUCCAUUUUCACAUCCGCGCUGGGCUAUGUCAUUUAUGCGGCUUGCAAGAAUAUUUCCCAGUACAUGGCUGCGGGUAUCUUCGAGGCUAUCGGAUCCACCGGCUUCGCUCUAACACAGCAGGUCUUCGUCGCGGAUAUGACCCUACUAGUCAAUCGUGCUAUAUGGUCCACACUCCCCGAUUCUCUCACCACAAUUCCAACACUUUACAUCGGAACCAUCGUCGCCCAGCAAAUUCUAGAUCACUCUACCUGGCGAUGGGGCUGGGGUAUGUGGGCUAUUAUUUUGCCCGUUGCUUCUGUCCCGCUGAUUGGAACUAUGCUUGUUUAUCAGCGUCGAGUUCCAUCAGAGGUAUCAGUGUCGCAAGCACUGGGAUGGGAAUCUGAUCAUACUUGGUGGCAGAAGCUCUACCAAUUAUUCUGGAUCGAGUUAGAUCUACCAGGGGCGGUUCUACUUGUCGCUGGUUUAUCUCUAAUAUUGAUCCCGGUGUCAUUGACGGGAUCGCAGAAUAGUGAUGCUUGGACGAAAGGAUCGUUUAUUGCCAUGUUGGUUCUCGGCGUGUGCUUUCUGGCAGCCUUCCUAAUUUGGGACGCUUGGUUUGCCAAAAAGCCAUUCGUGCCUUAUCGGAUGAUCAAAAACAGAACGGUUGCAGCUGCUUGUCUUCUCGGUGCUUUGGAUUUCUUCCACUAUUCCGCGUUUAGCGUGUUCUUCAGCAGCUAUCUCCAGGUUGCUGGAAACUACUCUGCCGGUACUGCAACUAGGAUAGACAAUUCUCUCCGAGUUGCCUUCCAGGUCGCUGGCAUCUUCGCGGCAUUCUUCAUGAAAUACACCAAACGAUCCCAAAUCUGGGUUCUAACCGGUGUUCCUCUCUGCGUUCUUGGCAUGGGCGUACUCCUCUACAUAGUUGAUAUGGGAAAUGGGCGUAUCGGCAAUGAAGCUGCUUUUGUUACAGCCAAGUCCUUGAUUGGAAUCGGUCGUGGGUUCUACCAGACAGCAGCGCAGGUAUCAGCACAAGCAGUGGUCUCACGUCAGGACGUUUCAGUGGUCACUGCGGUAUUCUUUGCUUCCAUGAGUGUCGGUGGCGCGAUUGGGACAAGCGUUGGUGGUGCUAUCUGGCGAAACACCCUACCCGACAAACUACGAAAAUACCUUCCUGCUUCGCUAAAAGAUCAAGCCAACUCAAUUUUCGGGUCGAUUGUGGUUGCUCGGAAAUACGCCAUGCACAGCGAAGCUCGUGAUGCUAUCAAUCGCGCUUACAGAGAGUCACAAAGACUCCUCGCAAUUGCGGGAAUAUCUUCGCUCGCUGUGAUGCUAGUCGUGAUGUUCUUUUUGGAGAAUAUCAAACUAGAUCAGGAUAAGGAGGAGAACAAGGUGCAGGAGGAAGGCAACGAGGUUACUACUUCCGUGGUGACGGGGAAAGAACAUGAAUAA